AAAAAACAAAUCAAUAAACAAACAAAAUGUCCUCGCCCAGUGCCGGAAAACGACGCAUGGACAACGAUGUGAUCAAGCUGAUCGAAUCGAAGCACGAGGUGACGAUCCUGGGAGGCCUCAAUGAGUUCCACGUCAAGUUCUUCGGCCCAACGGAGACGCCCUACGAGGGCGGCGUGUGGAAGGUGCGCGUCUACCUGCCCGACAACUAUCCCUUCAAAUCACCGAGCAUCGGUUUUGUGAACAAGAUCUACCAUCCGAAUAUUGACGAGUCCUCCGGCACGGUGUGCCUGGAUGUGAUCAAUCAAGCCUGGACGGCGCUGUACGAUCUAUCGAACAUAUUCGAAUCGUUCUUGCCGCAGCUGCUCACAUAUCCCAAUCCGGUCGAUCCGCUCAAUCGGGAUGCGGCCGCCUUGUACCUGCACGAGCCGGAGGAAUACCAUCGCAAGGUGGCCGACUAUGUGCAGCGGUAUGCCACCGAGGAUGCGCUGCGGGCGGCGCAGCAGGAGCGGGAGAGCAGCGACAGUGAGUCGAGCAUGUCCGACUACAGUGAGGAUGAGGCCAGGGACAUGGAGUUAUAAUAUCGGUUGGACCGCCAGCCUACGGAACUACCGCUAACACUUACACUGACAACAGCCUAAUACAAAUGCUUCGAGACCCCAUUUCCCCAUAUCCCGACACUUUCCCCCAAAGCAAACAAGCAAACACAAUUUCCCCAAACCCCUCAGUUGGCGACGGAACAACAAGCAACAAUAUAAAUAUAUAUAUAUGAAUAUAUAUAUAUGAAUAUAUAUAUAUGAAUAUAUAUAUAUAUAAAUAUAUAUAAUUGAUAAAUGAUAAUUGGAUUUUAAGAUAGAAAGUGAUUCGAUGAAGGCGUGUGAUGAUCUGCGCACACACGCAUAUACAUAUAAAUAUAUACAUACAAUAUAUAUAUAUAUAUAUAUAUAUAUAUAUAUACACACUAAUGUAAGCAGCAAGAAAAACAAGAUUUGAAAACUCUUAGUUUAGCCAUCAGUAGCUGAUAACAAAAAUGGAUUGGAGCAAGGAUCGUAACAGAUAUAUAGACCACAACAAAAACGGAACGGAGGAGAACAAAAUGGAAAACAAAAACCGAUUAAAUACAGAUUAACUCAGAUAACAGAGAUAACAGAGAUAAAAGCAUAGAUGCAACUCAAUUUAAAUGGCUAUAGUAAGUGCACGUGCAAUACGAAAUAUGACAUGAAAUUGCUUUUGGCCUUGAUCUGGCAUUAAACAGACGUCAAUGCCCGUUCUUUAGAGAUUAGCAAUGGAGUAACAAGAUGAUAGAAAACGUAUCGUAAACACAAGUACCACCAUCAAACAAAAGUUUUUGGAAAACCCUCACCACAUAAAUACCACACGAUGAUAACCCAGAUUCAAGUUCAGAGGAAGCCUCAAACGCCUCAGUUUCCGCUUAGAUCGUUCAACAAAAUUAGAGUUUUGUUCUCCCCCAGCUUUAUAUGUUUGUUUGUUUGUUUUGUUUAUUUGUGAACGCGUUUUUGUAGGAUUUAUCGUUGUCUCUGUCUUUAUACAUUAUAUAUUUAGACAUUUUUAACUGCAGAAAAUCAUCUGACUUAGCAGCAUUGUCCCUGCCCAAAAAAAAGUGAAUAACGAUCGAAACUAAAUAGAACUAAAGUAGAAAACCAAGACAAAUCCUAGAGGAAGCGUUUGGAGACGAUUGCGUGGAACAGACAAAAUAAACGUUGCAGUUCAUUUUCUUGUUAAUUAAUAUUAUUGUACGGUUAUUAUGUAAUGUUUUAAAAUAGGAUUCGAAUUGAUCGUGUAAUUAAAUGCAAUAAUUCUUAUGUCUAACUUAUGCCACCCGUGUUUAAGCCAAAACCAACUCUGUUUUUUUUUUAUUAUAAUACAUUUUGCUUUUACACCACA